UCUAUUUCAUAUAUCAAUGAUGUCAACCAUUGACUUUACCUUCAAAGUACGAAAAUGUGAACCAGAAGUGAUUGUUCCAGCAAAUCCUACACCCCAUGAAUUUAAGCAACUAUCAGAUAUGGAUGAUCACCAAAACUUAAGAUUUCAAAUUCCAUUACUAAAUUUCUAUGAACAUAAUCCAAAUUUAGAAGGGAGAGACCCAGUGAAGAUAAUAAAAGAAGCAAUUGCAAGUACGUUGGUGUUUUAUUAUCCUUUUGCAGGAAGACUAAGAGAAGGGCCGGGUAGAAAGCUAUUUGUAGAAUGUACCGGUGAAGGAAUCUUGUUCAUUGAAGCAGAUGUAGAUGUAACCUUGGAACAAUUUGGCGAUGCUCUUCAAUUUUCAUCUUCACUUUCAUGGUUUCAAGAUGUUAUAAACAACGUUCUAAAUUCUGAUGGUAUCGUUAAUUCUCCAUUAUUGUUCAUUCAGGUGACACGACUCAAGUGUGGUGGUUUCAUUUUUGCUCUUCGUUAUAAUCAUACGAUGGCUGAUGGUUUUGGCCUCGUCCAAUUCAUGAAGGCUAUAGCAGAGAUAGCUCGUGGAGCCUAUGCUCCAUCAAUUUUUCCGAUAUGGCAAAGAGCUCUCUUAACCGCAAGGGACCCUCUCAGAAUAACUUGUUGCCACCCUGAAUACGACCAAGUUCCUAUCACCAACAACACCGCCAUUCCAAUCGUCAACAUGGCCCACCGCUUCAUAUUUUUUAGUCCCCUCAAAAUCUCAGCCCUUCGUCAAACCUUACCCGCCCACCUUCGCCAUUGUUCAUUCUUCGAGCUCAUCGCAGCCUAUGUUUGGCGCCUCCGAACCAUAGUCCUUCAACUUAGCCCAGAGGAGGAAGUGUGCUUUCUUUGCCCCAUAAACUAUACAUCAUGA